CUAUGGGCUAUAGAGAAGGAAAGGUGCAGCAGAACCAUUGAAGGCCUCUCAACAUCAAGAGAGAAGGCUGAAGGCUGAUUCUCUCAUGUCCUUGCCCAAUCACUUCAUGGAAUGAAAAAUGAGCGUCGAACCAUAUCGAAGGUUGGUUAAGUUAAUUGCACGGGCAUUUUACGAUGAUGAGAUUCCUCCAAGGCCAGCUAACCGUCCAAAGUCAGACAAGUCCGACAACAAAGGAAUUGCAGUGGUUAUUUUGGAUGCACUUACCAGACGGGAAUGGGUAAAGGAAGAGGACUUGGCUCGUCAGCUAUGCAUUCACCCAAAGCAACUGCGCCGAACUCUCCGGGUUUUGGAGGAGGAAAUGAUGGUUAUCAGAGAACAUCGAAGGGAGAGUGUAAAAAGUACCAAAGUGCUGCAGGCUGCGAUGGCUGCCACCUCUGCACCCUCACCACAGGAAGGCGACCUCCCAACGGCCCAAGGACGAAUGCACACCCAUUCAUAUUGCUGUCUCGACUAUGCGCAGGAAAGUGCAGGUAUAUACGACGUCAUCAGGUACAGGCUGCAUCGUGCAAAACGGAAGAUAAAGGAUGAGCUAGAAGAUCGAAAUGUGCUUCAGGAAUAUGUGUGCCCAAAUCCAUCUUGCGCGCGAAGAUACUCUGCUUUGGAUGCGCUCAGGCUGAUCAGCCUCGCAGAUGAGCUGUUCCAUUGUGAAGGAUGCAAUGCUGAGCUUGUAGCAGAGAGUGACAAGCUGGCAGCUGCGGCGGCGGCAGAAGGAGGCGAGGACAAUGCAGAUAAUGCGAGGCGGAAGAGGAGAGAACUGCUAAAAGAAAUGCUCCACAAAUUGGAGCUCUAUCCCAGCGGGGGCCUUCCAGAUGCAACGUUCACCAAGGUGAUUAAGAUGGCAUCCACCAUAGUCAGCACUGCGCCAAUCCCAUAUUGGCUCGCAUCCGCAGUGGCUACGGAUGUGAGUUUUGGAUCUGCAAUGCGAAGCACAAGACGACUCACCAAAGCCUCUUUCAAGCGGGACAAACCAAGAGCGCAGGCACCGCUUGGGCUUAUCAAGCCCUUGCCUAUUCCUGUUGGCCCUGGUCAGAGCGUCUCCAUGGACUUCAUGGACGCUCUUGUAACCAGCGAGAGCGGCAAACGGCACAUCUUCGUCAUCGUGGACAGAUUUAGUAAGUACGCUAAACUUAUUGCCAUGCCUGAGACUACUAAGACGGACCAGGUGAUUAAACUGUUUAUGGAUAACUGGCCGCAGAUCCGUUCAAGUUGAGAACACGCGUUCAAAGCGUUCAGUUUCUGAACACAAAACCCGUGUUCAAUGAAUGCGCAGUUUCAUA